AUGUGGCCCUUUGACGCCGUCGAUUGGGUGAUGCUCACCAUCCCCGUCGCCUACCUCUUCAUCCUCGUCGGCUCGCUCGCCGUCUUCUCGUCGCUGUACCGCAAACGCAAGGCCGCCAGCGCCGCCUCGCUCGAGCCCUGGUUCCCCCCACACAUGCAGCGCAACGUCUACCUCUCACUACUGCACAUGGAAGAGCCGCGGGCGCCAGACAGCAUCCUCAAGGCCGCCCUCCUGCGCCGCGCAACAGAAGACAUCCACCGCAUUGUGCAGAUUCGUAACGCGAAGCAGGCCAUCCAGGUGCUGCUGCAGCGGGGCAGUGUCGGCGACGACCUGUGGCAGCGGUUCCAGCGCGCGGAGAAGGAGAUUGAAGAGGAGCUGAGGGAUGUCGUGCAGGAAGCCAACGCCUUCGCCCCUAACUGGGGCCAGACCAUCUUCCAGUCCGCCUCUGAAAUGGCCCAGAACAACCACAUCCGCGAGCGCCUCGCUGAAAUCAACGCCAAGCUGCCCGCAGAGAAGGAGUGGUGGGACAAGCGCAACCCCUCGGCCCAGCCGCACCAAAUCACAGAGGCCACCGACGACGACGAGGCCGUGCUGGUGCAACAGGACGGAAACUAG